GCAUGCUCGGUGGGGAAUACCCUUAUUACAAAAACCAAGACGACUCAAAUACAAACACAGCUUGACGCUGUCUGCACUGAAAAGAAAGUUGAAACGGACUCCACUCUGUAACAUGAAUAUACCCACGAUGGACCCUGUAAAGCACUAUGGGACAGUUCAUCAGGAUUUCACAGAUUUGUCCGCCAGAUUGGAAACAUAUGCAAAUUGGCCAAGAAGGGUGGUACAGACCCCAUUAGCGUUAGCAGAAGCUGGUUUUUUUUCCUGCAAACAGGAUGACAAGGUUCAGUGUGCGUACUGUGGUGGAUAUCUUCGAUGUUGGGAACCUACUGAUGAUCCUUUUGUUGAACACCUGAAACACUUUCCCAACUGUCAUUUUAUUCAAACAACAAUGGCCUUCAAAAAGAUGAAUUUACCACAGUCCGGUUUAUUACGGCGGACCCAGCGUGAAAUGGAACUGGGGUCACAGCGAAGGUGUGAAGUUGACAGAUGGGAAAGGGUGGCUGGCAGAUGCGAAUCGUCUCUUGAAGUUGUUGAUGAUUCUCCACCAAAUAGAGACAACGCUGCUGCUGAAACAGACGCAAACACCGGAAGGGAAAUCAACCUGAAAAGGGAAUUCAAGCGGAUUAGAGAAUGCCAUUACUGCAAAGUAUGUCGACAAAAUGAAGUCGCGGUUGUAUUUCUACCUUGUGGACAUAUGGCAUGUUGCAUUCCGUGCACAGGUUCUGUAUACUGUUGCCCGAUAUGUAACAAAAAAAUUGUUCAAACCAUCCGCGUUUCUAUUGCCUAGUUAUUACUCCUCCAUUUGUGUAGACUGAUAAAUGGGUUGUUUCUUUGAACAUGUUUUAUUUAUGUACAGUGAUACAUGUCUAAGUUCAGCCAACGAACGUUUUGCUAACGUUCGCGAACUAUUUGAUUGGUUCCCGACGUGGCCAUAAUUUACUGUUAAGCGCAUAAACCAGUUUAGCGGACAUAUUUCUCUUCGGUCUGUCUGAAGACGGCCCAUGCCUAAAUUCAGCCAGCAAACGUUUCGCUAACGUUCGCAAACUAUUUGAUUGGUUUCCAACGUGGCCAUUUGGUUUGCCGUGAAGUGCAUAAACCAGUCUGUCGGGCGUUUUUCUGAUCGAUCUGUCUGAACGCGGACCAGUCCCAAGUUCAGCCAGCAAAUGUUCGCGAACUAUUUGAUUGGUUCCCGACGUGGCCAUUUGGUUUACUGUGAAGCGCAUAAACCAGUUUGGCGGCCUUUUUUCUGUUCGGCCUGUCUGUGAAAAGUAAAAAUGGACACAUGGCGUCCAGUUGGUACGCUAGCAGGAAAAUCACCUCUAACAAUUCUGUGUAAUAAAGGACGAAUUGGGGGUGAUCAUACUUGGUUAUCCAAUCGUAACGCUGGUGCACUGAACAUUAAAUUACAGAUUAGAGACACCCAUUUAUUAGUAUACUUAAUUGGAGGAAUACAAUUUUCACCAAUGUCUUACUUUUUCUAUCUAUCCAUUUCUAGGUCUGUUUCAGCUGGCUUUAUAUUUGUUUGACUGUUUCUGAAAAUGGUUCAUGUUGAGAUCUUCACAUACUAAGUCGAGAUCUCGAGAUAAAAGGUCGGGAACUCAUUUGUACGUGAACCGUGGUCCGUAUCCGUCUCCACGUCCGUAUCCGCAUACGUGAAGAAUGGAAUGAGAAACAUCCAUCGAGUCCGUAUUCGCGAGCAAUAUCUCUGAGCGAUUUUCCACGGAUACGAUGGACGUGGAAACUAUUAUUGUGUCGUGCGGAUAGCGACAUGUUGCCUUGUAGCCUUGUGGAGAACUGGAGGCUACAACACACAGUGUUCACUGAUACAUGUAUGUUCACU